GCGAGCACAUCUUGCAGCUCCCAGUUCCUUCCAGGGACUCAACCGGACUCCCGGGGCCCGGGAGGGGGACAGGGACAGGAGCGGCGCUUUCUGCGUGGCUUUGUGAUCAGCAUCAUCGCCACGCAGGCGGUAUAUUUUCGGCGGGGCUACGACUUUCGAUAGGAGUCGCUGUGGCCUUCGUUCACUGUGUGCCGUAUUUGUCUGCUCUAGCGGUCGGUUUCUGGAUAUCAAUUCGUGUGCGAGUGCGGCUCUCUGCUACUCCAUUUAAACGAAGACGAAGAGGGCGGGAGUAAGUGGUAGAGCAUUUCUCGGCAAAUCAGACGCGCGCCAUCUUGUAUUACAAGGUUGUUGGUGUUCUGAGCGUGUCCCCAGUGUAUCAGUGUAUCGUAUUCUGCGCUCGUGCGCUCGGGUGUUCGUCUUAUUUGCAAGCGAAACAGGCGAAAGUAAGAACAAAUCGCGGCUGGGCGUGCCACGUGUGCCGUGUAGGCACCUCGACCACCUUCUUUUUUUAAGGUUUCGGUCUUAACCGUCUUCGUUCAUGUCAGAGCUAGACGAACUUCAGCUCCCUGGCGGUGGCUUUGACCCAUUUGCCGACGCGGCUGCAAACGAGACUGGUUCCAAGGACUAUGUACAUGUCCGAGUGCAGCAGCGCAACGGGCGCAAAAGUUUGACCACCGUGCAGGGGAUCGACAAGCGGUUCGACUACAGGAAAGUCCUGAAGGACUUCAAGAAGGAAUUCUGUUGCAACGGAACUGUCGUUGAUGAUCCCGAAUUGGGUCAAGUUAUACAGCUCCAAGGGGACCAACGGAAAAAUGUGUCCACAUUCUUGGUCAAUGCUGGAAUCGUGAAGAAGGACCUUAUCAAACUGCACGGUUUCUAGGCAGCUGCUGAUCGGGCAUAAUGACGUGACAUCUGGGAUAUCUGUCUCUUAUACACAUCUAGAUGUGUAUAAGAGACAGGGCUGGAAUCGUGAAGAAGGACCUUAUCAAACUGCACGGUUUCUAGGCAGCUGCUGAUCGGGCAUAAUGACGUGACAUCUGGGAUAUGGCGCUUCAACGGAAAGCGCCUGAAUUGAAUUGAAUGUUGAUUAAACCCCCAUUCCCAAUCAUGGUGGCGCGCCAUAUUCGACGGCGGCACGAUUGUGCAGAGGAUGUCGUCCCGGUGUUGUACGGGGAUGGCGGUGGGGAAGAUUGUCGAGCUGUCCAGGAGCUCUCGGGUGUUAAGUUGAGGGGGUGUAUUUUGGAUGGGGGGAUAGGAGUUGUUGUUGGGGGGCGGGAUAGCACGCGGCAAGCAAUCCAGCGGCGAAGGGGAAGAGGAGGGCUUGCUUGGGAGAAUACAGAGGGAGGUUCAAUGCUGCGUUGCAAAUCCAAAGGCGCUGUCGAUCCGAGGCUUGAGUCUGGCGGAGGGGGAAAAGGGAAGGGGAUGAGCAGCUGAUUGUGAUAUCAUGUUGAAUGUCGUCGGAUGAUCUGCGGGCGAGCGCGGUUCUUUCGGAAUUUCCGAGGAAGCCCCAAGAAGGGACAUAGUCGUGGGACAACGAUGUCCCGGUGCGGAACUCUUUUCUGAUGGUCCUUGUGUUGUAUAGCAUAGAAGGGAGAGGCGUAGGGGGGAGCUGGUUUUUGAAGGAUGUUUUAUUUGUCUUUGUGGGUUUAUGGGAGGGAGAGGCUAAGGGGGUUUAUGUACUGCAAUAUUUUGUGCGUUUUCCGUUGCUAGGGGUCAUUACCCACUUUCUCCGGUGUGACAAUUGUCGAACGGUGGUGGAAGGAUUUUAGAUCUUGACGAGGGCGAGUAUUAACACCCAGAAAGCGACCUGCCUGAUGAAAAUGGAAUGAAACGAUGUUUUUUUCGCCCUAUUUGUGUCUCGCUCUUGUCGGUUUCUUUUCCCUGUUGUGUGGGUGUUGAAUUGAGGCAGCUGGUCGCAGUUUCUUCCUCCCUGAGUGUCCUCAAAUUUCCUCAGUGAAAUAUCCCAAGUGUGAAGCAUGCUCUGCUUUAUUGCAGACCAUGCAGGCUUAUGAAUCGGAUAGCCUUCAAUGUUACAUAAAUGCGUAGCACUUAAACUAUGAAUUAGAUUCAAUACAUGAAUGCGUAACAUUUUUAUUGAAAUCAUUCGGCCUUUAAAAACAAAGUAGAAUAGAAAAGGCGAAUACCAAGAAAGUGUUCUUAAUAACGGAUAUUCGAAGAUGUAACGAUUCUGUGAAGCUCGAGUGAUGCGUCGUCUCGUAAUAAUAACGAAGCACGAAACUGAAAAUGAAAUCACCUGAAGAGAGAAGCAUUGGAGAAGCGUCUACGAGCUGUAUAUUAUGUUAUGAGAUCUGACUCGUAUAAGAGGAACGGUGACAAGCUGUUUAGAGCUUCGACACCGCGUCCUGACGUAGGACAGGAAGGAAUAUUAUGCAUGGGAGAAGGCACGUGAUGUGCAUCCAAGGAUGAAAGGUGGACAGGAAGGAAUAUUAUGCAUGAGAGAAGGCACGUGAUGUGCAACUAAGGAUGUAAGGUGUCAAACGAUC